AUGGUUGGGGGUCCUUGCGGGGGCCACAUGUCUUACUUGCUGCCUCUGAUGAAAGAGAACCAGAGCUCGGCAGUCAACGCUGCACUUACUGCUGUAGGAUUAGCGGCCUUGUCUAACAUUCGUCUCUCUCCGCGCAUGAUGCUCAAAGCCCGACAGGAGUAUACCACAGCUCUAUCGCAGACCAAUUAUGCUUUGAAGGACCCUCUUUUGUCCCGAAGGGAUGAUAUUUUGGCGGCGGUGGUCUUAUUAGGCAUGUUCGAAAGUAUCAGCACUAUUUACCAAGAAAAAUACAGCGCUCCAAUCAUGACUCAACUCUCAGAAGACGCAAAGCAACACCGAGAACCCGACGACCAGAUUGUCGACGACAUUGGCUUAGUCGUGAUUCGUCUCAACGAUCUCUGUGCGGCACUGAAAGACGGAACCCUCACACAACCGAGCGAGAUCAUUCGCCGGACUCUGAGUCUUGAUGCAGACCUCAUGUCAUUACUGCUUACGGCGCCUCCCGCAUGGAGUUACACUACCGUCAAAGUACCCCUGAUAGACGGAGAGCCCAUCACCAACGUCGUGUGGGGUGAUAGUUACCAUGUUUAUCGCAAUCUUGCCGUGAGCAGUAUGUGGAACAACGCCCGGUCGGCCCGAAUCCUGAUGCACGAGAUGAUCCUCGAAGCAGUAAAAGUGCUCGAGGAAACAUCGCCUGCAAACAGCGCGCUUCGUCACUCCCAGAUGCUAGCAAAUCAAAGUCGCGACAUUGCGCGCAAUCUGGUGGAUGAAAUUUGUUGCAGCGUUCCAUUCCAUAUGGGAAUGGGUGUAGACAGCAGUACUGACGGAACGGUGUCCGGGUACGACUCCUCGAAUGUACCUCCCAGUUUCGAGAUAUCAGGAGCAGGAGGUGUCACCUUGAUGUGGCCUUUGUUGAUUGCAGCCAAUUGUGGACUUGCCUCUCUUGAAAUUCGACAAUGGAUCACGAAGUGCUUGGACAAAAUUGGUCAUUCAAUGGGCAUAAACCAGGCUUUGGCCAUGGCACAGCUUCUGCGGGACGGGAUGCAUUCGCGGGCCUGGAUCUCACCGGAAAGCUCACCUGGCGAGUCUGCUUCCACUGAAUAUUUAUAG